AUUUUGUUAAUCAGAAAAAUCAAAUACAUCAUAGAGGCAUAUUCGAAAAUCGUGAUAAACGUGUACACAAUUGCUCGAUAUUAAACUUGUCCUGUUUGUUACCAUGGUGACAGCCAAUGGGAGAAGUUGUACACGUCGGCAAGGUGAUCUGUGAUUACAACUCGGUGAAGGAAGACGAGGUUACAGUCCUUCGUGGUGAAAUCAUCCAAGUGAUGACGUCCAAUCAACAGGGCAUGUUCUUCGUCCACCGUCCGGCUAAUAAAAACUCUCCUGCAGCUGAGGGUUGGAUUCCUGGCUAUGCUAUCGGCCCGAGGGAUGGAGAUGGAAGUUUGAGGAAAAGUUCUUGGCAGCUGUUCAAGUUGAGGAUGCAGGGUUUGCGACCAGAGCGUCGUCCAAUGGACGGUACAGCCAGUCUCGAUAGGAAGUCACGGACACUUCCUCUCACAAGGGAAAGGUCAAAGAUCUCUCCCUCAGACCUGCUUUAUGAGAUGUCCCCCACAGUUUAUCAGCCGAUGGUUAAUGUGACUGUCCAGGCAGGAGAUACUGCCAUAUUGACCUGCCGAGUGUGUGGACGCCCCAGACCGAAUAUCAGCUGGUGUUUCCAGGAAACCAUACAGAUGCUGCCAAGUCAUAAUGUCAGCAUGACGUACACGGACGAGGGCAUUGCAGUACUGCAGAUAAACAAUGUAUCGCUGACGGACAGUGGGGAGUACGCCUGUAAGGCUACCAGUGAGGUGGGGUCAGUUGGCACUUCUUCUAUACUGACAGUCAUAGAUCGACCAGGAGCUCCCACUAAACCAAUGAUCAGGAAUAAAGUGGGAACUUCAGUACAUCUGGAGUGGUCUCCUCCUACAAUUGCCUAG